AGUCCAGGGGGCCUGGGCGGCUGAUGAACUUUCGAAGUAGGUCGAGCAGCUGGGCGCUUUGCCUGCCCCGCCCGCGCUCCGCAGGAUGCAGGACUCCACCCGGCUCAGGUUCGCAGCAGGUCCCGGAAGCCCUCCUGGGGGCGGGGCCACCCUAAUCGGCAGGUGGGACCCAGCCCCAGCCGGGGCAGGGCCCCUUUAACGCCCCACCGCUCCUCCACGACUUUCGCCCCGGCGUGACGUCACCCCGGCGGGUGACCAAUGGGAGCGCGGAUUACUGGCAGGCGGCGCAGGCGGCCGCUGCCAAAGGGGAAGUAAUCUGGGGCUGGAGCGAUGGCCCGGGGCUGGAGCCCGCGGCCGCCGCCGCCGCCGCCGCCGCCACCAACACCAACAACAACGUGUCGGGAGCAGCCGCGGCCGAAGCCGGAGCAGGGGCCGGAGUCGCGGCUGGAGUGGGGCCUGCGCGUGUGAGUGGCCGAGAGUUGCCCGUGCCGGAGACCUCAAACUCCGGGCGGGAGCGCUUUCGGUCGGCCGAGCCGCCGUCGCCCGCGGCACCGUGUCCCCAAGGCCCAGACAGCGGGGCGGGGGUCUAGUAGGCGCGGGACUGGCUUCUUUUAGGCCGACCCUUCGAGCAGGGCUCCGGAUCUUCCUCGGCCUCGGGCCCCCUUCACGUUCAGGACGGAGGCCGGAGAACGGUGAUCAUCACACACUCCAGCCGGCUUCCUGGCCCGGGCAUUUUCUCUGUGGCCAAGCAGUGUUGGGAUUGUAGCUGCUGGGAGCCCCCUCCUGCCGCCACCUCUCCUGCAAGGAAGGGACUGACGCGUUCCCACGUUCUUACUCUGCACCUCCCCACUCUCUUCCCAUUCAAGAACGAGUUUCUCUUCCUUCUCCAUUGGAAAUCCUGCUUCGGAGGUCCAAAACACCUAUUUUAAGCGUGCCCUUCCUCACCUCCUGGAGCACCCUUAGAAGUAUUGCCUACUUAUCCGGGCUGAGAAUCCUUCAUUUUUGACUUGGCUUUUUUUUCGCCCUUUGGGAGAUAAAGGUCCCUCUCCACCCUCUGCUAACACUCUGCACCCAAGGCCUUAUCCUUUGGGGUCACCAGCUCCUUGGCCAUUUCUAUGUGAUUUCCCCCACCCAUCUGAGUUCCAGUUUCCUCUGGGCUCCAAUCUCCAGUCCCUGGCGGAUCUGGUCAGUCCCACCCCUAGGUGGGAGUGACCAGGGGGCUCUGGCCCAGGAUUCCCAACCCUGGAAGGCAGUUCCAAGGCAGGAAGAGAAUUGGGCGUCGGGUACGAACCUGGCAGCUCAGGAGUCGGAGCUCCACUCACCCCACACAAAAAGAUGAAAAAGCGCAAAGAGCUCAAUGCAUUGAUUGGUUUGGCUGGGGACAGCCGGAGAAAGAAGCCCAAGAAAGGCCCAAGCAGUCACCGCCUGCUUCGCACUGAGCCUCCCGACACAGACUCUGAGUCCAGCUCCGAAGAGGAAGAGGAAUUCGGUGUGGUUGGAAAUCGCUCUCGCUUUGCCAAGGGAGACUAUUUACGAUGCUGCAAGAUCUGUUAUCCGCUCUGUGGUUUUGUCAUCCUUGCUGCCUGUGUUGUGGCCUGUGUUGGCUUGGUGUGGAUGCAGGUUGCUCUCAAGGAGGAUCUGGAUGCCCUCAAGGAAAAAUUUCGAACAAUGGAAUCUAAUCAGAAAAGCUCAUUCCAAGAAAUCCCCAAACUUAAUGAAGAACUACUCAGCAAGCAAAAACAACUUGAGAAGAUUGAAUCUGGAGAGAUGGGUUUAAACAAAGUCUGGAUAAACAUCACAGAAAUGAAUAAGCAGAUUUCUCUGUUGACUUCUGCAGUGAACCACCUCAAAGCCAAUGUUAAGUCAGCUGCAGACUUGAUUAGCCUGCCUACCACUGUAGAGGGACUUCAGAAGAGUGUAGCUUCCAUUGGCAAUACUUUAAACAGCGUCCAUCUUGCUGUGGAAGCACUACAGAAAACUGUGGAUGAACACAAGAAAACGCUGGAAUUACUGCGGAGUGAUAUGAAUCAGCACUUCUUGAAGGAGACUCCUGGAAGCAACCAGAUCAUUCCAUCACCUUCAGCCACAUCAGAACUUGACAAUAAAACCCACAGUGAGAAUUUGAAACAGGAUAUCCUGUACCUUCACAACUCUUUAGAGGAGGUAAACAGUGCCCUAGUGGGGUACCAGAGACAGAAUGAUCUUAAACUCGAGGGAAUGAACGAGACAGUCAGUAAUCUUACCCAGAGAGUCAACCUGAUAGAAAGCGCUGUGGUUGCUAUGAGCAAGGUAGAAAAGAAAGCAAACCUGUCCUUCAAUAUGAUGGGUGAUAGAUCUGCCACUCUGAAAAGAGAGUCUUUGGAUCAAGUCACCAACAGAACAGAUACAGUAAAAAUCCAAAGCAUAAAGAAAGAAGAUAGUUCAAAUUCUCAGGUAUCCAAGCUAAGAGAGAAACUCCAGCUGAUCAGUGCUCUUACAAACAAACCUGAGAGCAACAGGCCUCCAGAGACCGCCAAUGAAGAGCAAGUAGAGAGUUUCACAUCAAAGCCAUCAGCAUUGCCAAAAUUUUCACAGUUUCUUGGAGACCCAGUUGAGAAAGCUGCCCAACUAAGACCUAUCUCCCUACCAGGAGUUUCUAGCACUGAAGAUCUUCAGGAUUUAUUCCGCAAGACUGGCCAGGACGUGGAUGGGAAGCUGACCUACCAGGAAAUCUGGACCUCCCUAGGUUCUGCUAUGCCAGAACCAGAGAGCUUGAGAGCAUUUGAUUCCGAUGGAGAUGGAAGAUACUCAUUCCUGGAGCUAAGGGUAGCUUUAGGUAUCUAGCUUCAUCAGGCAUAUUUUAGAAAUGGACUGCCUAAUAUCUAUUUACCUAACAAAAAACAACCCUUACUUACCCAUCAGUCCUCUAGUCCUCCAAACUACUGUAGCAGAUACUUUGCCACCUUUUAACUUGUUUGAAGAAGCUAUAUAAAGUUAUUUUUUUAAAGAAGAAGACCAUUUUACUUAUGAUGUUCAGAAACCUAUGAUUUCCUAAAACCAGUAAGAUCUUACAUUUUAAAAUUGCCAGAAAAAAAAUUAAAGCCCUCUUUUUUUCUCUUUCCUUUUUUUGAGGGGAGGAGACCUUAUCUUUUAAAGCUGGGAAAUGUAUAUAUAGAGAGAAUAAGCCACCUUUUAUAUUUCACUUAAAUUUGCCUUAAAUUAGCUGCACUUUAUAGAGACUCAGAAAAUGUCUUUUCUUUAAAAGAUAGGCCUUUUCUGUUUGUAAAUAUUUAAAUGAAAGAAAGCAUUGUGCAUAUUGUGUGGAAAGUAGGAAGAAUGGUUUUGAACAGGAUGUGAACAAAUGACUUAUUAAAAAUUGCUGAUCUGGUGUGGGUGGCAGCUGAAACUGCAUCCAUGUCUCCAUAAGGCAUCCCUCAAAGGCCCAGGCGCUGCCAGGGGGUUUGUCCUGGUAGCUGGAGGAACCGAUUUCAGGGAGUAGACACUGGAGACAGUACUGACUCCAGGCAUGGCUCAUGGAAGUAGGAUUCUGGUUCUUUGUUCCUAUUCCCUCAGCUAAUCCCAACCUGGGAAUCAGAGAAGUCUUGGAGAUUUUUCUCAUUUUUAGUACUAUUUCAGGGUUUAUGAGCAUAAAAAGUUAUCCAUUGGGGAGUUCCAUUUUCCCUGCUGAGUGAGCUAGAUUGCCUUCCCCACCCACACACUUAAGUCUGUCUUAAAGCCGUAGCUGACUCCCACCACCAGUACCAUCUCCAUUCUGAAUGGCAGGGCUAAAUUCCCCCAGCCACUAUCUCACACUGACCACCCAGAGCUUUAGAAGAGAGCUGUGCUUCUAAUUUUGACCCAGAAAAUCAUACCCCUUGAGAUUUUACCUAGAGGCUAACCAAGAGCCUAAUAUGUUUCUCUGGGGGAUGACUAAAGCCAAAAAGGUUGUGAGAUGAAACGUGAAAUAGUAUUCAGUUUCCUUACAAUUACCAGCUCAGAAGUAGCCAGAGGCUUUCUAUCCAAAGGAUGCCAAAGUAUAGCAGGGCAGGCCUGGAGCUGGGGCCUUCACAUGGUGGUAGCAAGUUUUUCAAAUCUAAUACAAGCAGGUACAAUACUUCCUUUAAAUGCUUCUGUGGACCUGGCAUGAAAGAUCCCUAGAUUGAAAGGAAUAAUGCCUCCAUGUCUCCAGUAUGUUGAGUCUAGAAUUGCUGUGUUGUUCUUAGAAGCAGUCUUUGGGCAACAACUCGAAAGGAAAAAAAAACUACAAAAACUUAACUUUGGUAUAGGCCAAGUCAGGGAGAAAGUAGAGAAAGCUUUCAUGCCACAGACUUCUUUAGUGGAGAUCAUUUCCUUUUUAACUUUGUUCAGGUUGCCCGUCAGCCAUGGAUACAGUCCAGUACCCUUAAACAUUUAAGGGCUGUUUUUUUUCUUUACGUGAUGUUCAGCUUGGUAUUGACUAACCUUAAGUUUUUUUCUAGAAGUAUUAAAAUUUAGUUAAAGCAAGAUGAAGUCUUUUCCCAUGAAUGUGUCCCUUUAUCUCAUUAUAGCUUAUGCUCAGUUUCACUUUCUUGGAAAGGUUAAAGCAAAUUAGCCUGGCACUUUAGGUAACUUGAAAAUAACUGUCACCCUUCUGGCUGCCUUCCAUCCACUCUCACCCCACACCUUUUUUUAAUAUAUAUACACCCUUACAGAUUUUCUAACAACCAAAUAAAAUUCUAGCAAUAAAUUGAAUUAUACUGCUAUAUUUGUAUAUACUGUACCAUAAAUAGUAUGUCUGUACCUGGAAAGUAUUUUUUUGAGAACUGAUUUAUAUGAAAUAUACUUGAGGGUAAUGUAGCUUGUCCUUUUUAGUUUCAAAUUCUUAUUCAAAGGCAGAUAUUUUGAAGACACCUUAACUCUUUGUUGUGUGUACUUUUCCCUUGCAUCAGAUAGCUAUACGUGAAGAAAUCCAUUUUGUUUUUUGGUUUAUCUUCUGUUCUUCCUACCUUGUGCUUGUCUGACUAGUAUCACCCCUGAGCCAGUAUACAGUACCAUCCUCUCCCCCUACCAACUUUGGCAGAGGUGUUUAUACUGCAUUCUCAGAUCUAUGAACAUUUUUGUCAUCCUGCCUGAGAAAGUACCAUAUCUUCCAGGCAAAAGUAGAGUAUCUUGAACUCCUUUCUUCUGAGUUGAGCACACUGGCUUAAGCAUCCCAUAAGCCUAUUAUUUAGUGUGAAUUUGGGACUUUUAUUUGUAUGUUGUCUUAACUUACUGAGCCUGUGACUUGUAUUUAGCUGUAGUCAAGCCUCACCAGCCAUAUCUCAUCUCUGAGAGGAAGACUGGAUAGUGAGUUUGGUUUUGGUUUUGGUUUUAAAUCCUUUUACCUUUUCAGUCUGGCAGCUCCUACUGCUGCUUUCCUAAGUUACUCAAAGCACUGCUUCUUGGUCCUUGUUUUCUUUUGCCUUGUACUAUCUUGUAUAAUGUUUACUAAAAGAGCCUCCCCAUAAAUCAGAGAGGCAAAAAGGUAGCAUAUAAAAAGAAGAACCAAAAGAAGAGAAAACCUGACUUCCAGAUGACUGUGGUGUCAUCUAAAAGGUAGAGAGGUGCCUGACCCUCAGGAAUGUGUAUGAUGCAACAGAGCUGAAGAAUGGGUUCCCUUCACCUACUGCUGGCCAUUGUCUCUUCUGUUGGAGAUUCCUUUCUUUAUGGUUGCUGUUCAUAACUCCUUCAGCACCCCUCCUUGCUGGUCCUGCCGGUCACAGUUGAGGAUUUUGGCUGUGAUGGGCUCAUACUCAUAAUGGCCUGUUGAGUUGUUUUUAGUGACAGGUUUUGUUUGCUGCACAGCUCAUUGGCUUGCUUACCAAUACCAGCUAGAAGUGGUCCCUCUUUCAUAUCCAAACCAGAACACAUUUGGGUAUUCCUGAGACUUUAUAGAGCGUGUAUUGUUUGUUAUAUGAACCUAACCUAUCUUGUUGUUUUCUCAUAUUAAGAAAUUUAAAUCUACUUUGUUUUAGUGAAGCUAUUUUGGUAAUGUAUAAGCAAUUUUGGUUCUGUUAGGGAGAAUUCAGGGUUUCCAUGACUUGAUUUGAGCUUUGCAUAUUUCAUAUAAGUAACACAGCCAUUUAGCUAAAUAAAAAAAUUUCUUUUUCUCUCAA